CCCAGUAGCAGCUGCAGGGCAUUUUUUUGCAGGCUGCACUCUGUCAGGAGUACAGUCAGAGUACGAUCAGAGAGUACAGUGGAAGAAAAGUAGGCAACUCUUGUGCCUUUUGGAGCAGCAUCUGGUCCUGCCUUCUUCAUAAGCAAAGCUCUUUUGAGGAAAUGUCAGACCGAGCGGUGGAACUCACCAACAAGCCUUUCGCAGUCCAGUUGUCCAAUGUCUAUCUUAGCAUUUUGGCACUGUUCUGCUUCAAACUCUUUGUUAAGAUUUCUCUCAACUUGCUGACAUACUUCUAUAUAGUCCGUGGGAACCGUAAAGAAGCUGCCCGGAUAUCAGCAGAGUUCUACGACUACGGUCAACAGCACAGAUCCUGGGCGGACCGCUCACCCCUCCACGACGCUGCCAGUCAGGGCCGCCUCCUCGCCCUGAGGACCCUCAUUUUACAGGGUCACAAUGUGAAUGUUCUGACUAUAGACCAUGUGACACCCCUUCACGAGGCCUGCCUCGCAGACCAUGUUGCCUGUGCCAGGACGCUCAUUGAUGCAGGAGCGAAUGUCAAUGCAUCUACAAUUGAUGGAGUCACCCCUCUGUUCAAUGCCUGUAUGGUGGGUAGCGUGGCUUGCACUGAAAUCCUUUUGGAAAAUGGAGCAAAACCCCAGAGCCUUGUAUACCAACCUUCACCAAUACAUGAAGCGACCAGCAAAGGUCAUUAUGGUUGUGUUGAGGCCCUGGUGACUUGGGGGGCCGAUGUGGACAUGGACAUUCCUCACCUGGGUACAGCGCUCUACACUGCCUGCAUCUGCCAAGAGCUGGAGUGUGCCAGGAAACUCCUGAAGGAAGGUGCAAACGUUCAGAAAGGCAAAUCCCUGGAUUCGCCUCUACACGCGGCAGCAGAAAAGGACUGCACCGCCGUGGUGAAGCUGCUGCUGGACUUUGGGGCUGAUAUUAAUGCCAGAAACACAGAGUUUCAGAGGCCAGUAGAUGUGGCUCCACCCAGCAGUCUGACAGAGGGCUUCCUGCUGCUCUACGAAGCUACGCCGCGCCUGCUGAGCCAGUCGUGUCGUCAGUGCAUCAGAAGCUGCGUUGGCCGCGACAGACUCCACCUUCUUUCCCACCUUCCUCUUCCCAACAGGCUCAAGAACUACCUGCAGUACCAAUGACCAGCAGAACCAAGACACCGUGCGCCUAAAUGGACUCUAUGAAAUACAACUUUAACUAAUCUAAACACAUCAGAACCGGUUUGGCCGUAACGCUGUGGUCCCAACACACCAGGAGGGAUUAUUUCAACCAGACACAGAGCAGAAACUGAAUAAAGGAAGUACCCAACUGCACCAACCAACCAAAAGAUGCACUUCAGCUCAGAACUUUACAUCAGAAUCAAUGUCAUAUAAAUGUGGGAGCAGCAAACUGUGUCCAAGUUGUGAUCCUCUAGCUGCAGACGGUCUUUCUUGGCCAGUCCAUGCCAAACAUGCUUCACUCUGAAUGGUGACACUCGUCUUUUAGCUUUUUCCACUUACUGAUUGAUAGGCUGCAGCCGUGUUGGUUGUUCCUGUACAUGUACUCAUGUCUUUCAUUUUAGCUGGGCAGUGUGAUUGAGAAGAGUGAAAAUUGGACACAACAGGAGGAGUCUAAUGGGACAGUGACCCAAAACACACACCAGCAAAAGCUUUGUAAUACAUAAAACAGGCUGAAUAAUUUUUAAAAUCACUCAGCCUCAGCUCUAUUAAUAAUUCAUGAGCUAUGCUUUAAAGCAGGGUCCAUACAAAGAAAAAUAAAACAAAUGUUUCCAUUUCAAAAAAGAAGAAUGGUUAAAUAUCUAACCAGAAUCAUGUCAGAUUCUUCUUAAUGGUUUCCCUGCAAAUUACUAAAGAACAUUUAUUCAAACAUUAUUGGGUGAAUCUUCAUUUUAAAGCCUGCAAGUGUACAUUUUUUUUAUUUUUUAUUUUUUUACCGUGAGUAGAUUACAGAAAAUCCACAAAGAAUUCAAACGUCUGCCCCAGUUUAUGUUUUUAAAACCACUCUGAAGUCCUAAGUGUGUAAAAUAAAUGUACCAUGGUUCAAAUCAACAAGGCAUGGACGUAAACUUCUGACUGGAAGUGCAUGUGCAUAAAACUCACUGUAAGGUUAUUGAAUGUGAAGGAAAUUGCUGCUGGAACUUUUAGGGGUUCCUAGUCUGAUUAUGGUCGUCCUACCAGAUGCUCUGAAAAAGUAAAUAUCACUUCAUUUCUGUUCUGCACAUGUUAGUUAAAGCAACUAAAAUCACAUGAGCAUUUUAUGAUGAAUAAAUAUUGUUUUAAGAAGUUUUCAUGUUAUAAUAACACACUACAGUAUACACGAACAAGUUUCUUUUAUUUGAUAUUGUAAGCACUGAACACUACUUGAUAAUUUAAAGUUGACUUGUGCAUUCAUGA